ACACAUAACAUACUUACUUGACAAUCGACAGACAGCACUCCGGCAGGCAUCAACGUCCGUCCCUUAUGCGCAGUGCAUGAUACACGUCUGCGGUCCAAGUCUCAUCUGUUCUGUUGGGGUAUCUAUCCAUCGAUCAAAGACCAAGUCGCUCUCAGCGACGACCCGUCAAUAAGCCCAGUGAGUGCCCAAUGCCCCUGCCUCUGCCUCUAUCGUAAACACAACACACAAGGCGACGCGUGAAUGACCAAUCACCUCUGUCGCGUCUGAGACACAGCCAUCUCCGACUGACUGGUAUUCAGCCGACGACCACCGUCCCGCCCCCGGCUGGGCACCCUCCCCUCCUGCAGCGGGUUAGGUGUCUCCGAAGCGGGCCGCGUCACGGGCACAAAUGUCGCCCUCUUCGCUAUCGCUGCUGCCGCGCCGGGCUGCGGCGUAGGGGACGAUGGAGAGGCGCGGAAGUCGCUUUCAAUCUGGGUGGUGGGGGAGGGGGAAUCUGGCCGGGGGUGGGAUCGUGUAUGGGCUUGUGGGGCAGCCAGCUCCUCAAUCUCGGGGAUGCUGGACAUGAGCUUGGCCAGCUGGUCGCGUAAUAUUCUUAUCUCCAGCUUCUGCAGCUGGAUUUGCUGCUGGUUGAGAUCGGCUUGGACAAGCAGGUUCUGCAUUCUUUGCCUCUCCUCGAGAGUCAUGUGUGAGGCGGUGGGUGAGCCCUUCUUCAGUCCGCCUGUGCCGGGGAUCAUCCUCUUACCAACGGCGGCAGCAGGUGUCUCGCGUGUGGCUGCCGGGGGAAGGGACGGCUCUCGAAUGCCGAGUGCUGGCGAGCUGGGGCUGGGUGGGAGUUUGGCAGCCGACGGCAGCCGCUGCUGGCUCGGUGGGCCCUCCAGGCUUCUGAUAUGGAGGUUGAGGCUCUUGACCUCCUGUUGCAGGCGGACCUUCUCCUGUCGUAGCUCGUUGAGUUCCACAAUGAGUGCCGAGUUCUCCUGGGACUUUUUCUGGAUGUCGAGCUUGCAGGCCAGCUCUGCACGGGCCCCCUUGGUACCCAUCAUCCUGCACACACCACACACAAGAAGCAUUCAAUUCACUCGUCCCGUCCCCCCGCCGUGUCUGUCUCCUUCCUGUAUGUUGAUCUGUCUGUCUGUCUGUGUAUAUAUAACAUCUGCCUGCACGAGUCGAGUCGAGUCGAUGGCCUCACUCGCUCACUUGAUUUUCUUUUCCAUGAGCUUGACUUGUCUGUCGAGCUCCUCGAGCGACUGCGUGUCGGGCUUGGUCACAUUCUCCAUUCGCACGUACCUCUGCGGACACGGACACACACACUGUCUGUGUGGGGCCUUUGGAAUGUCCCUGCUGUGCUGUGUAUGCUAUGUGACCUGGUAGAGUUGUUUGACGUUGUGCGGCCAGUCUCUCAGGUCAGUAACGGUGACCAUUCGGUAGAGGUCAGUGGUGAAUUGGCUUAUGAGCUUGUCCCUGGACUUGAUGACCUCCUGACUCGACUGAAGCUCGGCAAGCAGACGCUGAUACUGCAGCCGCGCGGACGCGGGGGGCAGAGAGGAAGAGACAGAUGAAUCAAUCCGUUGGGGGGGUGCGUCAGUGCAUCUGUCUGUUGGCAGGUCAGGUUGUAUACUUGUAGGUUCUUCUGAUGCAUGGCUGCCUCGCUGUUUCGGUAAGCCGUCAGAUGACGCUCCAGCUCAUUCUCAAGCUGAGUGAGGGAAAACCAAAAACACACACACGCGUGUGUGUGCACUGACCCACCCUAAGGAGGUUUCCAGACCGCUCACCUCCUGCAGUUGCGAUUUGAGCAUUGCGAUUUGCUGGUCCUUGGGCUGCAGGCUCUCCUCGACCUCCUUGAGACGGAAGUGCAGGACGUUCUUGAACUUCUUCAGAGUCGUCACCUUGGUCUUCAUGUCACUAAGCCUCUUCUCUCUGGUGCGCAAGGUGUCUUCUCUCUCGCGCUUCUCCUGCUUGAGGUGCAUGACGAGCCGCUUGAGGUCCUCCACCUGGCCCAUGAGCGAGGUCGUCUCGCUGCGGUGGAUGUCCUGGUCCCGCUUGUACUCCUGCCGCUCCUUCUCCAUGAGCUCCAGGCCUUUGAGCAGCAUCUCCUGGUCCUUCUUCAGCGAGUGGGCCUGCAUCUUCAACUGGUUCAUCUCCUCACCAGCUCGGGUGCGCAACUGCAUGCGAGACAGACAAGCAGACACACACACGACUGACCAUUGCCGUUGUUCGUGAGUGUGUUGCAAUUGCGUGUGUCUCUUGUGUGUGUGUAUUGAUUGCUUCGCUUGCCGUGGCCACUUCAUGGUCGUGGUCGGUCUCUUCGGAGGCCAGCAUGGUCUCAUAUUUCUUCUUGAGGAAGAGGCAUAUCUCCUUGUGUUUGUCGAUCUCCUCGUCCUUCUGCCCCACCCGCCGGACCCACGUGGUGACGAUGGUCGACUUCUCGUCGUCGAAGUCCUGUCUCAGCCGCUCCAGCGCGUCUCUCGUCCGUUCCUCGGUGUCUUGCUUCUCUUGACGCAGUGCCAAGAACUUCUCAGCCUCAAGAGCCAGUUUCCUCUCAUAGAGGGUCUCGAGCUGCGUAGCGGCGGCCACGUGAGACGCCUCCAUAGUGUUAAGGGCCAGGAGGGCCUCACGCUCCUUGGUCGCUGUCAGGCCCUGCAGCGUCUCGUAGCGCGAUGUGAGAGCAUCCAGCUCUUCCUGAGUGAGUGAGUGAAUGAGUGGAUUGUUGACUUCUGUGUCCUUCCGGUCUUUAGUCAGUCAGGUGGUCAGUAAGUCACCUUGUCCUCUUUGCGGGCGGCCUCGAUGCGCUUCUGGAAGUCCUUUUCCAUCUGAUCCAUGCUGACAAUGACAGACAGCGAAGAGAGCGGGGAGGUAGGAGAUUUGAGACAUGAAUUACGCCUGCCUACCGAUAUGUGAGCUCGUUUUGGAGGUGGACAUUCUCAUUUUGUAGCAUGGUCAGCCGCUGAUCCUUCGACUGCAGCUCAGCGCUAUUCACAAGAACAAUCUGAAUGCAAAAUGCAAAAUACACAUACCCAGUCAUCAAAUGAUCUCUCCACAGCCCAUCCCAGCAAUCAUCUUCCUGCACCCACCUCAGCAAGCCUCGCCUCGCUUCCGUCGUCCUCCUCUUCGCGGCUCUCCUGACCGCCACCGCCACUCUCCUCCGCCACAAACGAUCGCCCAGACUCCAACUUGGCCUUUGACGAUGCGGGGGUGGUCGAUGGCGGCAUCUCUGUGGUUGCGAAGUAGCUGGGUCGCGCGAUUUUGAGGACAAAUAUCAUGCCGUCCUCCCCCGCAGUGAGGAGGGACUUGUUGUCGGCGCUGAGGCUCAUGUGGGUGAGGCCCGCCCCUCCCUGGUGCAGCGGGUACUCGUCGAAGGCCUGCGUGCUCAGAGGGUGGGGGUACACCCACAGAGUGCCUGAAUCAAGCAGGACACAUGACACACAGAAUGGGAACUAGGGAUUGACGCCCGUCCACACGCACCUGCAGUAGUGCCAGCAAGAAUGACGCCGCCACUGAGUGACCGCAGGUCGGCAUUGCCUUUGUCCUUAGGGCCCCGUUGGGUCGACGCGCCCUCCGUGAGUGUCGGUGUGGGCACCCCUGACCGGUUGGUGCCGGGGGACGACUCAGGCACUGCUACGGCAGCAGCAGCUGCCCCGGGGGAGCGUGUAAUGACCUCAGCAAGGGCAUGCGGCCUAAGGGGAUGAUAGUACAGCAAACUCACUAUUCGAACAUCCCGUGAAGGAAGCUCAAAGUCCUGAAAUGGAGAUACAGGACAGUGCGUGCCUCUCGUGCCCGCUGUAUGCCAUGCAGUUGGGAUGUCUCGGUCGCUUACGCACAUGUGCGAGGUCCCCCUGGUGAAAUUCCCUGAGGAUGGGCUGACCUGCGUCGAUGCCCGCACAGAUGGGGCGGUCUAUGGGGUCAUACACGACGGCAUGAUACUCGCAGGAACGGCUGAACGACUCGUAGAGGCGGCUCCACGUCGCCGCGUCCCACUCGUAGACGGCGCCAUCCAGGCCACAAGUGACCAACCUGCGAUCGCCUGCAUUUCAACACGCGCAACACAUACGUGAAAAUCACGGUAGAUACAAGCAUGCGUAGUGUGAGUGUUGACUGGCCUUGGUUCCAGCACAUGUCGGUAACGAAUCCUGUGUGAGCCCGCAGGUUAGCGAGGCGUCUGAGCGUGUAGGCCUCGUAGACGCUCACAGCCUUCCCGUGGCCCACUGCCAAGAGGUGCCCGCCGUGACUGAACCGGCAGCACCGGCUGGAACGCGCUUGCAAUUCCCUGAGAGGCAGAAAUGAAAGGCACCCCACCUCUGAUUUCUGUCCUACGAGUGUAUGCGUCUCUUGGCUUACUUGUAGACCCUGAGCUCGUCAUAGAGGGUGUGGAAGAUCCGCACCUUAUCCGAAAAGCCCACUGCGGCAUAGUAGCCCGACGGAUGCAGCGCCAGACAGCAUGGCCCAACCCCAGUCAGCCCCAGCCCAGCCUCGCCCGCCUCCCCAGCCGCCGUCGAUGUCCCCCCGCCACCCAAGAACACUCUGGCAAGGUCGCAUGUGUGUGUCUGGUAGUUCCACACUCGCACUGAGCCGUCCUGCUUGCAGCAGGUGGCCACUAUAGGUCUUUGCACGGCCAGGGAAAUGCCGCACAGGACGCCAGCAGGGGCCCCUGGGGUCAGGACUUUGCACUCUUGUGUCAGAUCCACGUCUUUGAGCGUUGCCAGGGCUUCCAGUGAAACCAUACCGAUCUGCAGACACGCAAACAUGGUCAAUGAAUGGACAAACCAGUGCUGGUUUCCACUCACCUCGCAAUUCUUGAGUGCCAAGACAGCCACAGGUGACGCCUCUGAUGUCUCAGUGAUGUCCACCCCGACAAUAUCGGUCGCUCGCCCGACAUAGAGACUCCGCAUGAACUUGUAGGACGGCCGUUGCACCCCUGGACCUCCCUCCUCACCCCCUUCCUCUCCUCCUCUCCCGCCCCUGGUCGAUGGCGUCGCGGCGGCAUGACUAGUAGUCGAUCGCUCCCACAGAGCCAGUGCCCCAUCGGAGCCAGCGAUCACCACGCCUUGGGAGAAGCAGCGCAGUGUAAGAGGCGUGGGGAGGCCUUUUGGUGCAGCAUCGGGUGUGCCGGGCGGUGGCGGGACGGGGCGGGAGAAGGGGUUGUCGAGGAUGGCACCCACAGACAUACUCUCAGUUGACAGAAUAUAGACUUGGCCCUGAGACACGGAACGGAAACUGUACCCAUUAUAUAUAUUGGAGUGCUUGUUGUUCUCGCUCACGUCCAGAGUGGACGUCAGAAGAGUCCCGGGUGCAUGGAAGUCCCAGCAAUGGUCGCAAAAGUGGAAGUCACUCUCUGGCAUGUCUCGAAACUCGGGAUAUAUCUUAAGAGACUCGUCCCUCAUGCGGAAGAGCCGCAGAAAACGAUCCCCCGACACGGCCAGCUGAUGGCUGUCCUGAGGGUUGAAGGACACUCGCGUGACGCCUCCAAGAGGGAACAAGUCCUUCCAACUCCCGUCUGCGGCCAUUGCAGCCGGUGUCUUUGGAGUUGUUGCUCCAGCUGCCUUCAAGAGUCCCCACCCUCCCCUCUUGUCUUCUUUUCUCGAUUGGGGCGCUUGCUGCGGUAUGGCCAACGGCAUCUUCUGGUCCACCACAGCGCGAUUCUUCUGCCAUUCCCACACGUAUGCGGUGCAGUCGGGCAGCCCCGUGAUGAAGCAGAGGAACCGGCCGUCAUGGGAGAAGGUCAGACACGAGACAUUUGUCGCUUCGCUGGUGAGGCACUCGAUCGUCCUGGCCUGCUUGACGCCCGCCGACCGGAGAUCAUACACCGUCACCUGCAGCUGCAGCCCCGUCGCCGCAUUGCUCCCACUCCCCUCUGCUGGCGCCCGACGGACACGUUCUCCCACAGCCAGAUAGUUACGGUCGUACGAGAUGGCCAGCGCCGUCACAGAGUGGACUGCAAUGGGCUGCUUGAUGAAGUUCAUGUCGGCGAACUCCGUGUGGCGGAAUGCGAUGUGGCGGCCAGCGGGGUAGACGAUGUAGCGGCCGGCUUCGUCGGCGAACAGCACACAGUCCCGGAUGCUGGCAUCGUUCUGGGAACCGUAUGCGUGCACCAGGUCCAAGGCGAGGCCUUGAGGCGGCUCUGUUUGUGGUGCCAUAGGGCUGGGAUGCGAGGAGGCCGUCGAAGCCCGGUGAGCCGGGGGCUGCAGCGAGCGCUUCGAUUCGUUUGCCAUUGUCGUCACUCUUCUAGGACCUCGUCAAUGCGUUCUUCAAGCCAAAUCCGCGCGUGUUUGUCG